UCGACAAUCAUAAACCAUCAUUAAAUGUAGGCUUAAAUUACGUUCAAAUUUUUUUUCAUAGUGAUAAUUUAUUAACAUUUUCUUCAAAACCUGCUAUUACUACUACAAAUAUUAUUGAUGAAUCAAAUAUACUCAAAGUAUCUUAUUGUUAUCCAACAAGAGAAUGGCAUUGUUUAUAUCGAUGUGAAGUUGAUUCAUCCUUAUCAAAUAGUUAUGGUUCAACAGUUGAUCUAACUUUAUUUGGUUCAGUUAAUAAUCCAACAGAAGAAGAUUGGUCUCAAGUUGAACUCAUACUUAUUGAUAAUGAACUUCAAAUUUUAAGUAAUAAUAAAGCAACACUUAUGACUUCUAUUGUUCGUGAAGAAGCCGAAUAUAGUGAUAGAGAAUCAUCAGGUAGCAUGCAAAUUUUCAUUAAAACAUUGACAGGCAAAACGAUUACGAUAGACAUCGAUCCAUCAGAUACAAUUCAACAAGUAAAAUCUAAAAUUCAAAAUAAAGAAGGUAUUCCUCCAGAUCAACAACGUCUGAUAUUUGCUGGGAAACAAUUAGAAGAUGAAAGAACAUUAGCUGAUUAUAAUAUUCAAAAAGAAUCUACUUUACAUUUGGUACUUCGAUUACGUGGUAGUCUAGGUGAUGAAAGUGAAUCAAUUCAUAUGAAAAAGAGAAGAGCUAUUAAUAAUACGAGAGUUGUUGUUGAUGAUGAUGAUGAUGAAAAUUAUGAAUCAAUUGAUUCGAGACAAAUGAGUGGUCUUGGUGAGAAUGUUGUUUAUAAAAUCAAUACACCAAUUACAAUUCGAUCACAUGAAAGUAUUUUAGUAACAAUUAAUAAAUGGCAAAUGGAUGCACAAUUAGUACUUUAUUAUGAUUCGAAAAUUAAUGAUUUAAAUGCAAUCAAAGCUGUUCAUUUACGAAAUAGUAGUAAUGUUGUAUUAGCACCAGGAAGUAUUGCUGUUUUGGAUAAUGGACGUUUUGUUGCUCAAGGUGCGUUUACACUAAUGUUGCCAAACGAUGAUCAAUUGAUUAAUUAUGGUUUUGAUUCAACUGUAUCGAUUCUUCGUACAACUCAAAUAACACUUCAAGAAGUUCAUACAGAAAGUGUUGAUAUCAUUUUUGAUGAAGUUGAUAAAAUCAAUACAAAUAUUGCUCCAACUGGCAUUGAUCUUCAACAAAUUUAUAUAAAACGUACACGUUAUUUAAUUAAAAAUAAUUCUUUAGAUCGACCUAUAGCUAAGUUUUUUAUUGAUCAUGUUGCUGAUCCAUCAUUAGGUGGUUAUGUUGUAACAACACAAAAGAAAUGUAUUAAAUCAGUUAUGGAACUAAUUGAAAAUCACGUCAUUUUGAGCAGAUCCUUUGCUCCCUAUUCAACAAUUACUUUCAAGCUAAAACUACCCAUAUUUUUUGGGACGCGAAAUUAAAUGGGCUCGGAAAAAAGAGAUAUUUGAGCUCUGUGUGUUUAAUUGGCUUUAAAAUGAGAGAAAUGAGCUCGGUUGUAAUAAAAUUAUAUUUUUUUAUAUAAAUGAAAGUUUUGAGCUCGGAAAUUAAUUUAUACUCUGAAAAGAUAUAAAUGAGCUCGGUUAAUUCUAUUUUUGUCGUUAAAAAGAGAGAAAUGAGCUCGGUAAUUAAUUUAUGAAAAUUAAUUAAUGAUUUUGUCAGUGGCAGAGUAUAUUUAAUAAGAAAAAAAUAGUUCAAGAACAAAAAGAGUGCUAGGUUACAAUAGAUUUUUACUAAUAUUCAAUAAUUUGUAUAAAUUCAUGAGUCUUUUUUUCAAAUCAAUUUGUAUAAAUUGAUGAUGUGGGUAUGGGUGCGUGGGUGUCGGGGUGUGGGUGUGCGUAUGGGUGUGUGCAUGUGGGUGUGCGUGUGCGUAUGUGGGUGUGGAUGUCGGGGUGUAGGUGUGGGUGUCGGUGUGAAGUAUGGAUGAUGAGAAACCAAUAGCCACACCCAUCCCACACCCAUACCUACAUCCUCACCCACCCCACAUCCACACUCACACCCACACACACCCACACCC